ACUCCACCAAACAGCAUCGACCGUCGCCUACCACGACGACGGAAAAUUUGCAACGUCUCAUCAUUUCCCUGCACGGCUUCAUUCUCAGAAUCUCAGAAUCCUCCAUCACGUCGACCAACGCCAACGCGAUCGUGAGGGAAGGGCAGAGUAGGCCACACGACUCACCCGGCCCAUCAAACCAUUAUCAUCGUCGUCAUCGCGGUAAACGACAUCUACACGAAAGCUUUUAUUGGCGUGCCGGCCACAAUUUGACCGCUUACCACGGCAAAAACGGAAACAUCCGAAACAACACACAGGAAAUAACAAAAAAGAAAAAAAGAAAGCAACAAGCCAUGAGCUCUUCAACACUGACCAGCAUACUUAUGGCGGCCGUCUCGAUUUUGAGUAUAGUCGCUGCCGGUGAAGCAACUGCCGGUGGAGGAGGAGCUUACGGAGAAACGGACAAAGGUGGCGGAGGAGGACUUCUGGAGGCAACAAGUGCCACCAAUUACGAUGCUGAUUUCAGUGAAAAUGGCACUAAUUUGCUGGCGAUAACUCCAUUAGCACUGAUGUCCAAGCACGGCGGUACUUCCGGUGGGGCAAAACACCAAGAGGAUGUGUCACCGGUUACCCUUUCAACCGAAUGGCCACGGCUGGCUCGAUUGCUCUUGCUGGCCAGUCUCUCCGUUAUCGGGAGCAUCGGCAACGUGUUUAUGAUUUCCUCUGUCAUGAUUGAAGAUCACCUCAAGAAAGCAGGUAACGCAUUCAUAGUGAACAUAGCGCUCGCAGAUUUACUAAUCACUAGCGUAGUGAUGCCAGCGUCCACCAUUGUGCUCCUCGCUGGCAUUGACAAUUCGGACACGGAAGUAUGCAAAUUUCAGUGGUUUCUAGCUGCUUGCUCGUUUUUGGUUAGCAUUUUAACCCUAGCAAUAAUGGCCAUCGAAAACUACCUAAGGCUGUGUACGGCCCAGAAUGAACGAAGCUGGUUUAGCAAAACGAGCGUGACCGUGAUUCUACUGUUAAUCUGGAUCAUCGCAAGUUUAUUCUCCGGGAUGCAGUUCAUGUACGACAUCGACUUUGACUAUUGCGACCAAAAGUCGAAGCACAUAGUGCCGUUGGAAGCCGGGUGGAUUGGUCUUAUGGUGCUGCUUCCGCUGUUGCUAUCAUUACUCACCCACAUCCGAAUCAUCGUUGACGUGAAACGCAACAUGAGCCUACCGAACUUCAAGCCAAGCCUGGCCUACACGUGGGACCUCUCGUUGGUCCGCACCAACUUCUACAGCUUCCUCAUAUUCGUCGUAUUUUGGUUACCAUUCUGUGCCAUCUUGGCGUACGGGACCACCAAAAGUGUAUCGAACCGGGUGUUCUACAACACAGCCUGGAUUGGCCUAUCCAAGUCUUGCUUCCACAAUGUGAUCUACUGUCUGACCAAUCGUCACUUUCGCAGUGCGUACAUUAGCCUGUUCAACUAUUGCUGUUGCAAGACGACGGUGGCCGUAUCGAGACGCCAACGGACCGAUGGCAACCGACCGACGGCGGACGUACGGGUACACAUCAUCCCCGGAUAUAACAUGUACACCAGCCCACAGCGGGCCGGCAACAGCCACGGACACUGGGGAAAGCGUGAGUGCCAUGAAUUAUGAUCGGAAAUGUAGCUAAAUUGAUCGAGAACGAGGAACGGUUUCGAUUAAUUUACGCCGCCGUGAAUUUGAACACAAAACUCUCGUCAGCAGCGGAAAGCCGCGUUUUUCGUUGUUGAUUCAGCACAAAGACAAACAUCAGAAAACAAGCAUUCAACUGAAAUUUGAAACGGGUUUCUGAGUGGCUGCCGUUAGGGACCUAUGUACUAUCCACCAUCGAGCGUCGUCGGGUCGGAUGUUGAUAUGCUUUGGAAAUUGGUUGUGGGGCUUGAUGUUUAACUGGACUGGCAUUAUUAAUUGAUUAACCUGGGAUG